AUGUCUGUAUCUACCGUAACCAUAAACUCUCAACGCUUCGCUUUUGCUAAAGAACUUGCUACCGCUACCAUGCUCUGUACUCAAACAACCCACAAGAUAAAGGAGAUUCCGAAGAUGGGACUCCGUACGAUACCUCGUCAAAAAUGGCUACGAAGAAGGCCUCACAUUUACCAGGCACAUCCUCAACAUGGCUACCGUCAUCGUCGCGGCCGUAGACCUCAACAGGGAUUCGCCUGGGCAUAUCCACAAUUGGCCGGUAAUCAAAAAAGAACUUUCGGUCAGCCACGCGCAAUACUAGCAAGCAUCGCCUUUGAACCAUAUCAGGAAAAUCCUGUAUACAUUACGGGAUUUCUCACAGGAAAGCCACGGACUCCGGCAAAAAUUGCGGGU